GAGAAACGUUGAGGAGACCGAGAAAAGCAUUGAACAGUAAUAUGAUGAACACCGACAAGCACGGGUUCUUUGCAGAAUGCGGGGAGGUACGCCUAAUCAGACGCAGGGGCAUUUAUUAGAUCAUGUGUUCGCCAACACCACCGUUUUCGCAUUGCCAUAACACUACGCAUAAUGGCAAGCAUCCUCCGCGUGGCUGCAUGCCAUGCGUCUCCAGUUUUUCUGAAUGCGCGUCGGACAACAGACAAGGCCAUAGCCCUCGUCAAGCAGGCAGCCUCGAACAAGGCUAACUUGGUCGUUUUCCCCGAAACCUACAUAUCUGCUUUCCCAAUCUGGAGCUCGUUGAGACCACCCACCGACAAUCACUGGCUAUUCCAGCGUAUGGUACAAGAGUCAGUCUAUGCAGAUGGUGAUGAAUUGGAAGCGAUUCGCGAAGCUGCACGAUCAAGCGGUGUAUUGGUCAGCAUCGGCUUCAGCGAAAAGUCCCGCCAUAGCAACGGCUGCCUCUACAACUCGAACCUGAUCAUUGGGACCGAGGGCGAGGUGCUUGUACACCACCGAAAGCUUGUUCCGACUUUCUUUGAGAAAUUGACCUGGAGCCCUGGAGAUGGCCAUGGGUUACGCGUUGCUAGCACGCAGUUUGGGCGAAUUGGCACCCUCAUAUGCGGCGAGAAUACAAACGCACUCGCAAGGUAUUCUAUGAUUGCACAAGCUGAACAAGUGCAUAUCUCUACCUGGCCCGCAAUUUGGCCGACGCGAACAUUGCAAAAAAUCCCACCGAGCGCCGAAAGCGGCGUCCAUCAGGCCAGCACACGUGGAGCUAACUACGAUAAUUUGGCGGCUAACAGGACACGCGCAGCAGCGCAUUGCUUUGAGGCCAAGUGCUUCGGCGUUGCAUGUUCCGGACACCUGGGAGAGGAUGCUAUUGAGACAAUUGUUGAUGGAGCGAGUCAGCCCGAUGUGGUAACCGAGACUUUGCGUGCCAUGCCACGGGCUGCCACGUUCUUCCUAGAUCCUACUGGCGCUCCACUUCCUAGUUUCAUCUACAAAGAUUCGCAAAAACAAAAUACGGAUGCGCUCCAGUCCGACGAAGAUAUACUGUAUGCCGAUAUGCGACUAGAAGACUGCAUCGAAGGAAAACAGUACCAUGAUGUUGUUGGAGGCUAUCAACGACUAGACGUGUUUGAUCUUAAAGUAGACCGAUCUAGAAAAGAUCCGGUCAAGUUUCUUUAAAGCCGCGGACAAUUAACAUACCCGACAUAUACUCCUCGUAUUUUUACCACGUCACGUCGGUUAGUGCCUCAGAAUCUGGCUGGCAUUGUUAUGUUCUGUGUGGAAGACUGCGCCUCUCUUCAAUGUUUGCAUACUUCAACGCAGGUCCAUCGCUGUUUGACGUAAUGCCUGUCUUUAUUUCCAGUGCCACCGAACCUGAUCUGUCGAGUCAUAUUGUAUGGUAAAUUUAAAAAACAUAUUGAUGAAAAAUCUGCCAUUCUGUUGAGCUAAUACUUUUUCAUACCUUUUUCAUACCACCUACAACUACAAAAUUGGAUUAAACAUUUGUUGGGCAGUAAGGCUUCCG